AAGCUUUGAAGCGAGUUUGGGGAGCUCGGCAGCAUCAUGCUUAGACUUUUCAAAGAGACAAACUCCAUUUUCUUAUGAAUGGAAAGUGAAAACCCCUGUUCCGCUUAAAUUGGGUUCCUUCCUGUCCUGAGAAACACAGAGACCCCCAAAAGGGAAGCAGAGGAGAGAGAGAGACCCACACCCAGACCCCGCGAGAAGAGAUGACCAUGACCACCAUGCCAGAAAGUCUCAACAGCCCAGUGUCGGGCAAGGCGGUGUUUAUGGAGUUUGGGCCACCCAACCAGCAAAUGUCUCCUUCUCCCAUGUCCCACGGGCACUACUCCAUGCACUGUUUACACUCGGCGGGCCAUUCGCAGCCCGACGGCGCCUACAGCUCGGCCUCGUCUUUCUCCCGACCGUUGGGCUACCCCUACGUCAACUCGGUCAGCAGCCACGCGUCCAGCCCCUACAUCAGUUCGGUGCAGUCCUACCCCGGCAGCGCCAGCCUCGCCCAGAGCCGCCUGGAGGACCCAGGGGCUGACUCCGAGAAGAGCACGGUGGUGGAAGGCGGUGAAGUGCGCUUCAAUGGCAAGGGGAAAAAGAUCCGCAAACCCAGGACGAUUUAUUCCAGUUUGCAGUUGCAGGCUUUGAACCGGAGGUUCCAGCAAACUCAGUACCUAGCUCUGCCCGAGAGGGCGGAGCUCGCGGCCUCCUUGGGACUCACGCAGACGCAGGUCAAGAUCUGGUUCCAGAACAAGCGUUCCAAGUUCAAGAAACUGAUGAAGCAGGGCGGGGCGGCUCUGGAGGGUAGCGCGCUGGCCAACGGCCGGGCGCUGUCUGCCGGCUCCCCGCCAGUGCCGCCCGGCUGGAACCCCAACUCUUCAUCUGGGAAGGGCUCGGGCGGCAGCGCGGGUUCCUACAUCCCCAGCUACACGUCGUGGUACCCCUCGGCGCACCAAGAAGCUAUGCAGCAACCCCAACUCAUGUGAGGUUGCCCGCCCGCACCCUCCCGCCUCCUUCCCGUCUCCCCCACCCUGGCCCGGGCCCCUCCCGCCUCCCGGUCCAACCACCCUGUCCGCAAGCCCUGGGCCUGGAGAGGGACCCAGGGGCAAAGAAGAAGGAACAGCGAAGGCAGGACGCCCGCCAUCUCCUUGGAG